CCGAAGGCGAGUGGAGCGCUCUCUUGCCGGACGUUGCGCUGCCGCGACGGCCGACGCCAACAGCGCCGAGGCGCUCUAGGCUCCGCGCUACGAGUGGUAUCUGGCACGAACCACGAGGCUCCAGUCUGUUCAUCGCAGGUCGAGGUCGCCCCGCUUGCACCGCCGACUAGACCCCUCUUGGAUGUGGGAGCGGCGGACCGUAGCGAUGUUUUUUCUCAACGGUGCCCCAGGCGUUGGGCCUCGCUGCCGCAGGCGGACGAUUCUUAGACUCUGCAAGUAAAGAUAACCUGGUGUUCCCAGUAUAUCAUGGCUUCAUCUUCAAGCGGCCUCUCUACUGGGAGAAGUACCAGCUCAAAGCUGAAGUCUGUGAAGUUACUUGAGGUUCUGAAUGCUCUGGAAGAGGAGGAAUCUCACAGUAGGGAAGAGAUCUUCAUUGCACCACCCAAAAAUGCUGCAGGGGACUUCACUGAUGAAGACUCAGGUGAUGAAGAUGGCCAGCGAGGAACCCACGUGCCCGGUAAUGUGUUGCAUGCUUUUGUGGUCCCUGAGGACUCUGGCACUGCAGAGGAGGAGGAGGAUGACCUGCAACUGCAGCCAGCCACGAAGAAACGGAAGGCAGUAGUGGAACCUCAACGUGUUUGGACCAAAAGAGAUAUCCGCCCGGACUUCAGCAGUUGGACAGCAACAGAUCCUCAUAUGGAAGAUCUCAAAAGCCAGGAACUGAGUCCUGUAGGUCUCUUUGAACUGUUUUUUGAUGAAGGAACAAUUAAUUUUAUUGUUAAUGAAACCAAUCGUUAUGCUAGGCAGAAAAAUGUCAACCUGGGUCUGACAGCCCAGGAAUUGAAGUGUGUCUUGGGCAUUUUGAUUUUAAGUGGGUAUAUCUCUUAUCCAAGGAGAAGGAUGUUUUGGGAAACAUCUCCUGACUCACAUCAUCAUCUUGUGGCUGAUGCAAUUCGAAGGGACAGAUUUGAACUGAUCUUCUCAUACCUGCAUUUUGCAGAUAACAAUGAGCUUGAUGAAAGUGAUAGGUUUGCCAAGGUCAGGCCUCUUAUCGUACGCAUGAACUACAAUUUCCGGAAGCAUGCACCCUUGGAAGAGUUCUAUAGCUUUGGCGAAUCCAUGUGUGAAUACUUUGGACACCGGGGGUCUAAGCAGCUGCCUGCGGGGAAGCCUGUGCGGCUGGGCUACAAGAUCUGGUGUGGGACGACCAGCAGGGGCUAUCUGGUGUGGUUUGAGCCCUCCCAGGGCACACUGUUCACUAAGCCAGACAGGGGCCUGGACCUGGGAGGCAGUAUGGUGGUGAAAUUUGUGGAUGCACUUCAGACGCGUGGCUGUCUGCCAUACCACAUAUUUUUUGACAAGGUUUUUACAAGUGUCAAAUUGAUGUCCAUUUUAAGGAAGAAAGGAGUGAAGGCCACAGGAACUGUUCGUGAGUACAGAACUGAGCGUUGUCCCCUUAAAGAUCCCAAAGAACUGAAGAAAAUGAAGAGGGGUUCGUUUGAUUACAGAGUUGACGAGAGUGAGGAGAUCAUUGUGUGCCGCUGGCACGAUAGCAGUGUGGUCAACAUCUGCUCCAAUGCUGUGGGCAUAGAGCCAGUGGGGCUGACCAGCCAUCACUCAGGAGCUGCCAAGAUGCAGACCCAGGUUCAUCAGCCAUCCCUGCUGAGACUGUACCAGGAGAAGGUGGGGGGUGUUGGCCGUAUGGACCAGAACAUCGCCAAGUACAAGGUGAAGAUCCGGGGUAUGAAGUGGUACUCAAGUUUCAUUGGUUAUGUUAUUGAUGCGGCUCUUAACAAUGCUUGGCAGCUGCAUAGGAUAUGCUGCCACGAUGCCCAGGUGGACCUCCUGGCCUUCCGAAGAUAUGUGGCCUGUGUGUACUUAGAGAGCAAUGCAGACACGUCAUCCCAGGGGAGGAGAAGCCGGCGGCUGGAAACUGAGAGCCGCUUCGACAUGAUUGGGCACUGGAUCAUCCACCAGGACAAGAGGACCCGCUGCGCCCUGUGCCACUCACAGACCAACACCCGCUGUGAGAAGUGCCAGAAGGGCGUCCACGCCAAGUGCUUCAGGGCAUACCACAUCCGGUAAUGCCUGACGGGCAGAGGGGGCCCUCUGGGUAUUCCAUUUGCAAUGAGAUGUUUACAACUAGGUACAGAGAGCAUUUGGGGCACUUGUGUGUAGUGUUGACAAAAAGGAACCUGAGUCCUUGAUUUGGUUUUGUAUUUCUCCCCAUUUUCAUUACAGUUACCUUUUAAUUAUCUUCUAUUAUGCCUACAUGUAAUAUACAUUAAUAUUUAUAUUAGUCAUCAUAAAUUUUUGUAAAGAUAUAUUUUGUACAGCUAUUUAUUUCAACUUAUGGGCCCUUUUUAUUCAAAUAAAAUUCUUCCUUUGGGGUAUAGCUGUCUGGUAAGGACAAUUGAAUGUAACCAAAACCUUAGAGAAACUUGUGAACAGUAAAAGGAUUUUAUAGUAUAUGCUAUCAGUUAUACUAAUCUGAUAUAGGCAAUAUUGUAUCAAUAUGAUGAAGGAUAUCUUAAUCAUAUUUAUUUCAUUGUAAUCUAAUGCUAGCAAACUAUCCAGGGAUAGAUAAUCUGCCAUUAUUUACCCAGCUGACUAGAUUUAUAGAGUUUGUAUUUUCUUGAGAAAAAAUAUUUUCCUAAUACAUGUAUAUCCAUAUAGAAUCCAUUUUUUUAAAUAGUGUGAAGGAGGGAAUUUUUUCACCUAAAUGGAUGGUCAGCAUCAUUUAUUAAAGGUUAAAUAUAUUUCCCCAAUGAUUUAAAUUCUACCUUUAAAAAUUCCUGAACUUUGGGGGAAAGUAUUGAAACAAAGAAAAAAGUUUAUGUUGGAAAGCCUAGUGGAAUAUAAUCCAGAAGAAUAUAAGAAAUACAUAUAAAAAUUUGGACUUAAUCAAAAACCUAAGAGAGCAUGUUGAAUAUUUUUAUUUGGGAAAGAACUUGCUACAAUAGCACAAAUAAAAAGAGUAUAUCAAUGUAUUUGACCAUAUAAAACUAAAAUAUCCAUUAGCAAAGGAAAACAUGAGGAAAUUGAGAAGAUAUGUUUCACAUUAUUCCAUUUGUAGUAGUAUCUUCAGUGCAAAAAGAUCUUAUAAACACAUAGGUGGCAAGGAUAAAAUGUGCACUUAUAUGUAAAAUAACAAAUGGAAGAUAAACAGUGAAGAUACAUAAGUGAUGGACAGGGAAGCCUGGCAUGCUACAGUCCAUGGGGUUGUAAAGACUGGGACACAACUUAGCAACUGAUUUAAACUGAGAUGUCCUUUUUUAAACAAAUUAAUUUAUUUGUACAUAAUUCCUGUUGGCAUGAAUAUAGGAAGGUGACAGACUCAUGCAGAACCUGAGGAAGUAUGAAUCUGCACAACCUUCCUGAAGGUGAUCUAACAGGUCCAUCCAAAAUCUUAAAAAUUAAAAACAGAAAAGCAAAUGUUUGGUCCAUUGUGAUGUAAAUAAAAGGGAGAAAAGGGACAGAUCCUUCCUUCAGUAGAAUCCCAACAAUUAAAUGGAGAAGGGAGGAUGGAAAUAAAAUACUGUUAUUUGGCAAACAUCACAGCAGUAAUUUUGCAGGUAAUAACUAUCUGUAGAUGCUAACCUUAGGGCAGAGAAUUUCCUGACAAGAUUUCCAGAGGGAAUAAGCAGUAACCACUUAGUGGGAAAAUCAGGCACACCACCACAACCAACCAAAGUUAAUACUACCUGUAUUGAGAUAUAGAUGUCCUGUGCUACCCACCUCACCUCAGGUAUGGUAGGUACACUGUGAUAUUCCUGCCAAGAAGGUAAAACCUGAAUUCUAAAUCACGAGAAAACAGAAGACAGACCCAAAUUGAGGGAUAUUUAGCAGAACAGUUAGCUAAUACCUUUUGAAAGUGUUGAGGUUGUAAAAGAAAAUGAAAAGGAGGGUCUGUCCAAGAUUAGAUGAGACCAACGAAGUAUAGCAAAUGCAAUGUGUGAUACUGGCCAGGUUCCACAAAAAAGGUUUAGUGGGAUAACUGAUGAAACUUGAAUAAGGUCUGAAGUCACACCAUUUUAUAAAUAUUCACUUCCUGCCUUUGACAAUUGUACUAUGGUUAUUCAGGAUGUCAACAUCUGGGGAAGAUAAGUAAUAGGAGCUAGCUAUCUGUACCGCUGGAACUUUUGUAGGUUUGAAAUGCUUUAAAAGUGGAUGUUAAAAAAUGUUUAUACCUUUGGCACAUCUUUAGGAAUCUAGCCUGGACACUUAAAGACAUUUGUCUUAAGAAGUUUGUUGAUCAAAUUUUACUUUUCAGUUUUUGUCUCUUGUGUCAUGAUGAUCCUGAGAUUUUAGCAUUUACUUACCAGGUAUUUUUUGCCUAACUUAUCAUCCAACUGAAUUAAUUGAAUGGUUGUGAAAACAGUUUGUAAAGCUUCCAGAAGCUCCAGAAUGGCCAAUUAUGACUUCCAUGGUGGCUCAGAUGGGAAAGAAUCUGCCUGCAAGGCAGGAGACUCAGCUUCAAUCCCUGAGUCAGGAAGCUCCCCUGGAGCAGGGAAUGGCUACCCACACCAGUAUUCUUGCCUGGAGAAUUCCAUGGGGAGAGGAACCUGGCAGGCUAUCGUCCCUGGGGUCGCAGAGUCACACACAGCUAAGCGACUAACACUUUCUUAAGAGCUAAAGGAAAAAUUGGCUCUGAGACUGAUGGAUAGUCUCAAGUUGUAAUUGAUGUAGGAACAUGUGCAGGCUAUUCCAGGCCACUGAAUGAUGCCAGAACUAAUACAGUAGAAUCUGUGUAGACAAUGCCAAGUCUCACAACUGGCAGUCAAGGCCAGAUGACAUUCCUUGUUGGCAUAUUCCCAAAGGAAUUUAGGGUACAAAAUGAAACUAUGGUUGGUCACCAAUCCUACAAGUAGGGAAGCACUUGAACAGAAUGUCCCCUUGUCUACUCUAGCAGAACCGUUCAUGAAUCUUUCAACUGGAAAGGUUAUGAAAGUUGUCCUGGUUAUUCUGAAUGGCAUUUCAAAAUCCUUCCAGUUGUUAAGAAGCUGGACAAAAUUUUAAAAAAACAAAAGCAAAAACUAAACAGUAUACCAGACUAUGAAAACAUGUAUAACAUUGAAGUUCUUCUAAUGAACAAUGAAAAUAACUUUGUCUUAAGGCUUCAUUGAUUACCAGACAAUUACGUCUUUAUAAAACAACAAAUGUAAAACACAUAAAAUUUACUAUCUUCACUGUUUUUAAGUAUAUAUAGUUUAGUAGUGUUAAUUAUGGUCACAUUGUUGUGCAAAAGAUCUGUAGAACUGAAAUUCUGUAUCAAUUGAACAACUCAUUUUCCCCUCUUCCAAUAAGUCUCCCAGUCUUUGUUGUGGACCUCAGUUUGCUUGUUGGGACCUGCCUUCAGCAUUCAGUCAGGCAGUGUACAGUUUCACCUCAACCUUCACUUCCAGCUUGUGUUGAGCCUCCCUGUUAACCAGAAGUGAGUGCUUAGAGCUUCUCAGGUAUUCCUGAGUAAGCGCACAUCUCUGGCAGUGUACACAAUCCUAUGAAAGCACACGGCCUUCAAGAAUCCCAGGACUGUGUGAAAGCUUUUCAGAGUCUGCUACAGAUAUCUCAUUCCCCAAGUUUUCUUUUUAAGCCUUUUGGUUAACCAAUUUUUGCCCAAAUAGUAUGUAUUGCCUUUGGCAGUCACGAUGUUCCAACAGUUGCCUUUGAUUGUUUUUUUCAAAAUGCCUGUGGGGCCUAUUUGUACUGGAUGAGUGCUGAGUCGGAUCAAAUAUAGAUGAUUUUGCUAGUGGGGAUCUUCCAGGGAAUGAGCAGAGUACAUGAUAAUUCUCUGGGGACUGGUCUUUGAAGGAGAUCCAUUCCUGACUUGCCACUCCAGUUAUUGCCCUGCUCCUGUUUUUUCCACUUCAGGCUGUUGUUUUUCAAGGUUAUAGCUAAACAGGAGAGGGAACAAUAAGAAUAAUAGAUGAGUUAAAAGGCCAUAAAACUCACCAAUUUAGUAAGUUUCAGCCAUUUUUCUCAAGUAAAUCCUCUCCAGAUUGCUGAAAGCCUUUGUUUAAUUUUCAGAAGUCUGAAAAAGUUGAUUCUGGAAAAAUGUCUAGUGUUUUCAUUGCUUUUAUGGGUAUGAAAUUUAUUUUCAGAAAUCCUUACUCUGGCAUUUUUGCUAACAUUAGUUUUGAAAAGUUGUUAUGCUGCAUAAACAAGUUUUUCUUUCUGUACUCUGAAGAUACCUGUUCAUUGUCUCCUGACUUGCAUUGUUUUUUUGUUUUUUGUUUUUUUGGUAAGUCUCUUGUAAUUCUUAUUCUCUUGGUUCUGUAUAUAAUGUGUCUUUUUCUCUUCAAGUGCUUUAAGACUGUCUCUUUAUCACUGAUUUUUAGCAAUUUUAUUAUGCUGUUCUUUGUAGUUUUCUUCCUAUUUCUUCCUAUUGCUUGGGAAUAUUUGAGCUUCUUGGGAAUGUCAGUUCAGUUUUCAUCAAAUGUUUUGUUUAAAUAUCUUAAUACUCUUCAAAACUGUCCUUGUUGAAUGUUAAUACUCUUCAGAACUGUUCUUGAAUGAUAGAAGAACUGUCCUUGUGAAAGGUUGUUGCUGAGCCACAAAAAGGCGCUGGGAUUCUUGGCCUCUGGAGGAGAAGAAUUCAAUCGGGGGCCAGAGACAAGGCUUGAUCGCUCAGAGCUUUUGUGUAAUAAAGUUUUAUUAAAGUAUAAAGGAGAUAGAGAAAGCUGACAUAGACAUCAGAAGAGGGCAGAAAGACUACCCCCCUGUUAGUUUUUAGCUGGAUGUUAUAUAGUUACUAGCAGUCUGUUAAUGAAAGAAAGGAAUGUCUUAAAACUCAGACAAUGGCACCAGGUCCCUCAUCCAUAAGAUGUAUUUUGGGAUAAUCUUGGCACCAGCGGAGUCAUUCCAGGCCAUAAAACGAUUGACUUGAAUCUUCUAGAAAGGCAGAUUACCAUACAAAUACUUUCGCUUACAUAGAUUAGAGAAACAAUGUCUGAGUAUAACAUACUGAUUUGUCAAGUCAAUUCUGAGUCAUUAGGCAGAACCGACUAGAAGACAGAGGCUAGGGUAAAUGCGUAGUGUAUUAACAUAGCUUAAGACAAACAUUUCCAUAAGAAAAAUGCAUUGGUUAACUCAAGGUUUGAAAAUAGUUAAGUUCAGGUGGAACCAGGUGUCAUUAUGGCAACACAGUAUUUUAAGAGAAACCUCUUUUUUAAUUUGUAUAGAGAAGGGGGAAAAAAAAUGUAUCACUAGUUUCCUCCUGCCACUUGAGAGAAAGAAAAAGAUGGCUGACACUUGCAGCCUAUUUCCUCCGAUUGGAGACCCCUGGACUUCCUGCCUCUUACCCUCUCACUUAUUUCUUGAAUGAUAGAACAACUGUCCUUGUUUCUUAAAUGAUAAAUAAGGGAUGUUGGUGUGCAGUGAAUCAAAGGGAAAAAUAAGUUGUUUUUCCCUGUGUACAUGAGUCGUCUCUGGGGUUGUAGAUGUAACAGUGGCAGCACAAGAGUAGGGGCUCAGCACUUGGGAGGAGUGCUUAUAGGGGUUGGGGAGGGUAAGUUAUAAAAAGGAUAAGUUAAAAAAAAAACCCUGAAAUCCAAACACUAUGUCUAUUGAAAUUCAGAAGUAAAUUUCAGGAAGGCAGUGAUUUCACAGAAGAAGUAAUGACUCUCUUCUUCAAGAUGUAGGUGGAGACAGUGAUGUGUUGGUAAAUUAGCUCUCGAAAAAAAUAUUCUUAAGACAAAAAAAAUUAAAAGCCUUAGUUGAUAGUCUUCUUCAGCUGCCAUGGUCUGAAUACCUCCACCAUGCUAUCAAUGGUUUAACAACCAACUUGCAGAAUUAUUUAAGAUUUAACAGUUAGCUCUUGUGAGUCGGUAUGAACCAGCUCCAGAACACUGGUAGUGGAAUAUACGGCACAAACCAUAAGGUUUAGAAAAAACAAGCCACCUAACCCAGCACUCAGCAGGCAUUUCACCCAGACCCUUGGAAAGGUGACAGCCACAGAUCAGAAGACACAGAAGAGGAAACAUUCAGCAAAUAUGAUGUCAAUGAAGGAAAAUAUGUGCUCCACAGCCCUUUUGAGUGCUUUCUUAUUCUUUAGAAGCUGGAGGCUCUUGGGGAUGUUGGUGGAUGAGGCAGGGCAGGGAAGAAGGUGCAGAUUGCAUGAAGGAAAAUCAGAUCUGUGUUUCCAGGGACAAUCAACCAGGAAAGAAGGUGAGUGGAAGUGAGGUAGCAAGAAAGUUCUAGAGAAUAGUUCUAGAAAAUGAAGUCUUGUGUUAACUUUUAUUUCCUUGCCUCAUAGUUUAGCCUUGGUUGAUUUCACCUGAAAAAUUAUGGGAAGGAAAACCAGAGUGUGUGUUUUUGUAAAUUUUUGCAAAACUUUUCUAUCUUUUUAAUAUAGUAUGUUCAGACAUGUGGUAAUAUUUGAACAUGUGGAAGGUGGAAAUUUUUUUAUUGAAAUUAUAGGUUAUUACAAGAUUAAAAUAGAGUGAUUUAAUUGGAUUUUUGUUUAGGUCUGUUUUUAGCCCCUUCAAUUUUCAAGAUUUGACACCAAGAACUCAACUUAGUUUUUAUCGUCACGUAAGGGUCUUUUGUUGGAGAUGGCAAUGGCAACCCACGCCAGUACUCUUGCCUGGAAAAUCCCCAUGGACAGAGGAGCCUGGCAGGCUACAGUCCUUGUGGUCACAAAGAGUCGGACCUUACUGAGCAACUAGGCACAGCACAGCACAAGGGUCUUUUAUAAACUGAAGCAUUUCAGGACUUUCAGUCAUGGUUGGCCUCUUUCAAAGACUAUAAUAGAUUCACAUUUCCUUUGUAGUUGAAAAAAGCAUCAUUGAUCCAGUUUUCUUGGUGAAACUUCAUCAUCCUUACCAUCACUACAUCUACCACCUCAGCUACCAUCACUCCAAUUACACC